CAUAACUCACAAGGAGGAGCCGCCGCCACAUCUGUGCUUUCUCCCCAAAUCCUGACGGUAGCUGUAGUGAUAGUCAGUGUGUGAAACACUGCUGGAUUUAAAAAAAAAAAAAAAAAAAAAAAAAGUUUCUUUACCUUUUCAACCUUUUUUUUUUUUUUUUUGUUAAAACUGAGAAUUCAACUUGCCAAAGUCAGACAGGAGAAGCGCGUCCUAACUUUGGAGAGGAGAGAGCGCGCAGAUGGCAGCCCUCAUCAGCGCGUACUCGUCGUGGCCAGAGUCCUUCGAGUGUCCUCCAGGAGAUGGGGACGUGCCCGACGGACACGGCCCGCACAGGACCGCCGCGGACAAGGCGCCGGAGCCACGGAUCAGACGGCCCAUGAACGCGUUCAUGGUUUGGGCCAAAGACGAGCGCAAGCGGCUGGCGGUUCAAAAUCCAGACCUGCACAAUGCCGAGCUCAGCAAAAUGUUGGGUAAAUCAUGGAAGGCCCUGACUCCCCCCCAGAAGAGGCCCUACGUGGAGGAGGCAGAGAGGCUCCGGGUGCAGCACAUGCAGGACUACCCCAACUACAAGUAUCGGCCUCGCCGGAAGAAGCAGCUGAAACGCAUCUGCAAACGAGUGGACCCCGGCUUCCUCCUGAGCGGCCUGGCCCCCGAUCAGAAUGCCCUGCCCGAGCAGCGGGCCCUCUGCCACCCCCUCGACAAAGACGAGGGCAGCCCCGCUGGCGUCGGCGGCAGGUUUUCCAGCCCCAGCCCUGCUCUGCCCGGUGUCAGAAGCUUCCGGGACGCAGCCGGGUCCAACAGCAGCUUUGACACCUACCCCUACGGCCUGCCCACCCCCCCUGAGAUGUCCCCCUUAGAUGCCGUGGACCACGAGCACGUGGCCCCCUCUUAUUACUCGACGUCUGGUAGCUCCUCCGUCUCCUGCUCUUCCUCGGCCUCCUGUCCCGACGAGCACCACCAGAAUCAGACACACAUGGGCAGCCCGCCCCCUUACCACACUGACUACACUCAGACCCAAAUCCACUGUGGGGGCGCACACAUAGGUCACAUCUCUCACAUGUCCCAACCUGGUGGCGGUGGACUGAUCCCUGGCCCUCCACUGUCUUACUACAGUACCUCAUCUUUCCCCCAGAUUCACCACGGGCUCCACCAGGGCCACCUGGGGCAGCUGUCCCCCCCACCAGAGACACAGGGUCACCUGGAGACUCUAGACCAGCUGAGCCAGGCUGAGCUUCUGGGCGAGGUGGACCGCAAUGAGUUUGAUCAGUACCUGAACUCCACCGGGACCGGGUUCCAUCCUGAGCAGGGCGGCAGCAUGACUGUCACAGGACACAUCCAGGUGGCGUCCGCCGCCUCCGCGUGUCCCAGCAGCACCACGGAAACCAGCCUCAUUUCCGUGCUUGCGGACGCAACAGCGGCCUACUACAACAACUACGGCAUCUCGUAAGCUCGGCCACAGCAUCCGUAACACUCGUGACUGAUCAGAGACGCUUCAGGGUUAAAUAUGGGACGAUGUUGCACCUGGGUGCUAGUCAGAGAAAGCUUUCUGUGCCCUCGUCCGUGAUUUCAACUCUCGUGUUAGCAUCCGUGAGCAACCUCCUCCCACCAUGAUUAAAACCCGAACUGAUUACCGAGCAAUAUGAUUGUCUGGAGCCGAGGAAAGAACAAAGAGCAAUUUGGAGGAGUAUGAAGGAAGGCAGAUGGACAACUCAGGGAUGCAGACACAAGAUACUAUAGUAUGCCACCUCCAGUUGUCAUGACAUUUCUAAACCAGAAGAACAAUCGCAAAAGACUUGUUGUCCACUUGUAAAUGUCGCCAGUUACUGUUGCCACUGCGGCGUGUACAGAUGCUCUUUAGAAGCUAAUUUAAGUCCUUCGAUGUUUCGCCUAAAUGCUAACUGUAAUGCUAUUAUCAACGCUUUCCAUUCGAAUGUUUGUAUCAUAUGUUCUCGCUCUCAUUAGCUUGAGAGUCUUACCUCAGUAGUUGUAAUUGAAUGAGGUUUUAGUUGGACAUUUCUUAUGCAAUUUAACAAAAACGGUGUAUAAUGACGAAAAAAGGCGUUUAUACUUCUUCUCAAGUACUUAAUAAUAUAUAAUCAUAACCUCUACGAUGAAAAAUAAUAAUGGUAACUAUAACUGUAUGCUGAUUUAGGUUUGUGAGAGACAAUAAUUUAAAAUAAAGUUGAAUUUUUCUAGAAAUGCCGUUGCUGCUUGG